AUGUCGCGUGCCCAACAGUCUUCGAUCCGCUCAUUCUUCACGCCUCGGCGUCUGCCCGAAUAUGCUGCCCCACCAUCGGCUUCGACUGCCCCGCCAACGAACACCAAUGUCGAUGCACAGCUAACAUCGUCGUCACCACCAGCACCGCCAGCGCCUCCCCCUCCUCCCUCCGCGCAAGCGUCCUCUGCUCCCAACCCAACAGGUCCCAGUUCCGCCCCAAUCUCUAUCACACUUCCUCCCAAUGGCGUCCCAGUUCUGCCAGUUCCGCCCUCCCUACCCUCAGGCGCAACCGUCGUGCCGCUCGCAGAACACCACAUACCCGCUCUCCGACGCAUCAACUCCCUCCUUUUACCCGUUGCCUACCCUGAUUCGUUCUACGCCAAGGCCCUAGAUCCCGCCGUGUCCGGGCUCUUCUCACGCGCCAUCCUCUGGCAGGACUCGGCCGCCGACACACCCAAGGUCAUCGGAGGUCUGAUCUGUCGUAUCGAGCCGAACCCGUAUCUCGACAGUCAGGGCCAGGCCCUGGCUCACCCAGCCGCGCUACUUCAUCCACAAAAGUCUCCCGUCGUCCCGGCUGAUACACCGUAUCACGCUAUCUAUAUCCAAUCCCUUACCCUGCUCUCUCCCUAUCGCUCGCUGGGCCUUGCAGCCGCUGCGCUUGAACACAUCAUCGCGACUGCGGUUCUCUUACCCGCGGCAGGGAGCAACGUUGACGCACGGACUGUCUACGCUCACGUCUGGACCGAGAAUGAGGAAGGGCUUCGGUGGUAUGAAUCUAGGGGGUUUACGCGCGAAGGCGCCGAGCCGGUAAAGGGGUACUACUUCAAGUUACGACCCGAUACGGCGUGGGUCGUGCGCAGACAUAUCGGGCCAGCUGCAAAUAUCAAUGGCACUCAUGCUCCAGAGAGUGUAUCAAACACAACAGCCGCAACACCCCCUACUGGCCCGGUGUCACAACCACUCCUUGCAGCAGCGGCAGCUGCUGCACCAUCAUCAACCGGCAAACUUGCGCCCCCACCCCGCCGCUCUCCGACAACCCUCUCUCCUUCACCCGCCGGAAGCGCCUCCUCUCUCUCCUUCCAAAACGCCCGCCCUCAAACAGAAUGGAACGAUCUCCCCGCCGACAUGGUCAGCACAGCGACCGCGCCCAGGAAUAGCAAUACCAGUCUGAUUGGGACGGCUGGACUCGGUGGGAACGGACCGCCCGCUGCGUCGGGAUCCAAUGCUAGCUCACGUAGUAGCUCUACGACGGGACGCAAGAAGAGGGAGAGGACGUAUCCUUCGGCUGCUUUUGGGCCGUAA